GUCAGUGGCAGUAUGAGCGAGCGUAUGCUGUGUAAUAACGCGUACGGGCCUCGUCCGGGCGCGGCGCCGCGCGGCCCAGCCUGACGGCGAGCGUGAGUGCGACGAUAUUGGUCGAGAUCGAAGAAAAAUAAUAAUUAACAGAAGGGGAUCAUUAAUUUUAUCGUCGAAUCGCAACGGUGUGUACGUAUCAACGACGAGUGGUGACACGCAGUGAGAGAGGCGGACGAUCAAGAGUGCCUGGGCAAGAACGUGAUCGAGUGGUGUGCGAAUACGUUCCGAUGCGACUGUGCUCCGCAGAGUGCCGGCCAAAAGAGGGAUGCAGGCCGAACUGAUGUACAGAAAACCGUUGACAAUGACGUCGCCGGGUCAGACUUUUCACCAUCCUGGCAGCGGGAAAAGAGAGACCGGGAGAGACUCGAGGGAGACGAUACACUCGGGACACUUCAUGGUCUCCGAUUUCGAGGCGGAGGCCCAGGACGACGAGGAUGAACUCGCUGUCCCGGUGCCGGACGAAGAAGCUGCCAAGAUGGCGAUCAUCGCGCCCAUCGGUCUGUUCGCCGAGAAGUUCGCCAAUUCCUUGAACGAGAAGAGUUCUCAGCAGCUCAGCAUCGAGACGUCCUUGAACAAGCUGUUCCAGUGCAUGUCUCUCGCUUACAGACAGAAAUUGACAUCGCCCAAGUGGAAUCGGUUCAAAGGAAUCAGGCUGAGAUGGAAGGACAAGAUCAGACUGAACAACGUCAUCUGGCGAUGUUGGCACAUGCAAUUUAUACUGAAGCAGAACACGCUGGUGUGCCAGUUCGCGUCUCCGUUGGAUGUUGAUACUCAUAAUAAACCCGAGGCGGUCGUCUUAGAAGGCAAAUACUGGAAGCGAAAACUUGCUGCGGUUACUGCGGAAUACAAGAAAUGGCGUAUGUUCUACCGAAACAAGAUCCUUGGCUGGACGAACAAGGAUGGCACCGAGAUGAUGGAAUCGAUGGAUGUGUUAGAUUGGGACAAUGGAUUGGGAACCUCGGGCAAUUAUGGAGCAGGUACAGGCAACAUACACGGAGGGACCAGUGGGACUCCAGGAGGAGAGAGUAUGAUGGUUGAUGAGGAUUACAUGGAGCUUAUGACUGAUACGUUAUUUUCAACAAUCAGUUCGAAUCAACCAAUAUACUUUCCCGAUCCCAGAGAAAUUGCGCGAGGAGCUAGUCUGGCGGAUUUUAUACAACCCAGCCUUGGACCGCUCCAGCCAAAUUUAGAUGAUUUUAUGGACACUCUUGAGCCACUACAAGAAUUUUUUAAUUCGAAAUUACCCCCCGUCCCCGAGGAGGACGAUAUGUUUCGAAAUAGUACCUUGAACGCGAACUAUCCUGAUCUCGACCUGAUGACGCCUAUGAAUCAAAUUAACGAGCUAAGCCAAGAGUCGGCAGUGAAGAAUGAACAAGCUUCACAGCAGCAAGCGUUAACUCAGAACGAGCAGGCAGGUACUAUACAAAAUCUUCAAUACACCGCCAAGAUAUAUACUCAACCUCAACCGGAGCCAACGAAUGCGUUCAGGAAUAACAUAACUCUUGGCGAGAAUUAUAACGCUAUACAACAAAGUUAUGAACCACCUCCAACGAGUCAACCUGUCAGGGAAAAGAGUCGACCUAGUAGGGUCUCUUCGAGAACUAGUCGAGUGAUUCAGCAGGCUCAGCAACAGCAGCAACAACAACCGCCGCAGAACGCGUAUCAGAGAACAACGCAGCAACAGAAUUCUGCUUACCAGCAGGGUUCUCAGCAGUCCUAUGCUAUGGAGAUACAAACCGUUCAGUUGACACCUGUUCAGAAUCAAAUGCAAUUGGCAGCGUUAAACGAUCAAUCCGUGCACGCCAAUCAAAUUUCACCCAUCACCGGUCACGUUCAGAAUCUGGUAACUGUGCAACAAAAUUUUGGACAGACGAACUCCACGGUGACCACGCAACACAGAGCCAUCAGACCUUUGCCACCAGUCGCGCCUGUGUCCACCAAGCCUUACAAAGUCGUUCAACCGCAACAGUGUUACAAGUUCUCCGCUCUCCCGCAAAGCUUUAAUGCGCAUCAAUGUAAAUUCAAUGCGAAUAAUUUCAAGACACACCCACCACAAGUCGUAUCGGUUUCCGCGGAGCAACCGUCUCAAUCGCCGAUACUGUUACAGUGCAGACCCUCCGGUUUGGAUCUCAGCACACCAACAACCGUACAACACGGCAAAUUGUUACCUCAACCUGGUGCAUUGAAUUCGGAGAAGGAGGAAGUUUUCGCUGUACCCAAGUACCAGAUGAAAACGAGGAAUAGAUCUCGAAGUAGUUCGUCGUUAACUGCUCCACGAAUGCAUCCACCGCCAUUAGUAUCAGCGGCGAGCGAUCCCGCGCUAAAUCUAAAUAACAAUGUUUUGCUCGCACAGUUACUCACCAAUAACACAUCUGGUGUACAUACAAUGAAUAUGCCGGCUGAUAAUAUAAUGCCGACAGUGGACCAAACAGCCGCUACAAUGAAACACAUCUUACCAAUGCUUCCACCUUCAGCUUCGCCCACGCAGGUGACGACAGCCCAGCAUAUUACCACACCGGUCACUGUUCAAACGAUGCAAACCUCACCAAUGCAAGUGCAACCACCGCAGCAGCAGGUACAAAGUUUCGAACGAUCACAUAUCGCUAUGCAACAGUCCACUUGCAAUCAGCAAAUGUUAUUGAAUACAAAUACCCAGCAACAGAAUAGUCCUGGAUCGCCGAAGGAUAGUUCUAACGCGCACAGUCCUCAGGCGUUGAGUCUCAGCCCUUUGCACAGUCCGAUGAGUAUAGGAAGUCCGAUGUCGCCUAGUCGGGGUUACAUAAAGGGUGAAACAGAUCGAGCACAGUACAAAGAGCAAAGAAGAGUGGGACAUACUCAUGCGGAACAAAAGCGUAGAUAUAAUAUUAAGAACGGAUUCGACAUGUUACACAGUUUGAUACCGCAGCUCAGUCAGAAUCCGAAUACUAAGCUGAGCAAAGCCGCCAUGCUGCAAAAGGGGGCUGAUUAUAUCAGGCAACUUAGGGCGGAAAGAAAUCAAUUGAAAGAAGAGAUGGAUAGUUUGAGGAAUCAAAUCGAGUGCCUUAAUACGUCGAUUAGUAAUUGCCAAUCCAUGCUUCCUGCAACGGGUGCUCCAAUUUCUAGACACAGGACUAGCAAGAUGAAGGAAAUGUUCGAUGAGUAUGUACGAACGCGCACACGGGAAAAUUGGAAAUUUUGGAUUUUCAGUAUAUUACUUGAGCCUUUGAUGAUUUCCUUCAAUACGUCGGUAUCAACGGCGAGUAUAGAAGAUUUAUACAGAAGUACAAUAUUGUGGGUCGAGCAGCAUUGCUCGCUUGUCGAUCUCAGACCAGCUGUUCUGAACUCCCUCAGAUAUCUGUGUACUGCCACUGAUAUUCUAUCAGAUCCUGGUCGUCUACCUGAAGAAGCACUCGCAGCAGUCAACCAUACAGAACGGCGACGAUCAACUCAAUGACCAAUUUAUAUUUAUGGAAAUUCGCCGGCGAAACGUAAAUUGCGUGUACGUUGGAAAUUUAGCGGCGAGCGAAAUAAAAACAGUUACCGUAGCCAUAAGCCAGUUCUAGAAGAGACACGUGAAAAUUCUGAUGACAGUUUUUCUCUUUUCUUUCUUUUAUUUUUGUUCAUAGCGGAUUUUCUUCAGGUUUCUUUUUACGCAACGAUCGUGGAUAAAAGUCGAAGUGCAAUUUUUCCCUGUCUCGUUUUCAAAAUUGUGAUCAAAGGAUGUUUGGGGAUAAUUAAUUGUAGAAAGAGCACGUGAAAAUGUACAUGAAUUUAAUUGCAGAUAAUUAACAAAAUAUAUAUAGACUGUUACAAAUUUGGAACAUAUUGAGAUUUGAACAUGUUUUCUUUUUUUAUAUAUAUUGUUAUCGCAAUUAUGUUUGUAUCGGAUAUUAGCAAAGUAAAGUACAUUUAUAUUUAUUAGGUAAUUAUGUCGCAUCAUGUAAUCACUUUCAUCUAGCGCCAAAAAAAAAUUAUAUUUUGUGUUCCUUAUCUUUUCGGAUUGCGAUAACAUUGUCGCAGCAAUUUUAUGUUGUUGACUCAUUUAACUCAUUAUAAUACUUGCCUAUAUAUUUUGGUAACGUUUAAGAAACAACUAUAAAAAGUAUAUAGAGCAAACCAUUCCACUAUAUUUUUACUAUGCUCGUCUUCGACUAGGUACGAUCAUAUUGACAGUAACAAAAAAACAUUUGUGUUUUACUGUAAAUUUCUUUAAAGUACAUGUUGCUCUA